UUGAAUCAGUGGCAGUGAUAUGUGGCUUUUGUGACCAUCAUAGAGGACAAGCACCGGUGAUUUGGCAUUGUGGGGUGGCAAAUACGUAACUAAAUGCUCCUUCAUGUAUUUGCUGAAGAUAUCAGUGUUUGACCAACCCGUUUCGGAAACAACACCUGUAGCUCCAGUGGAAGCACCUUGAAGUAAUUCAGGACCCUAUGGUCGGUCUGUCACCAUUAUCAGACUUAAAGAAUGUGACAAAAAAAACAAACACUGCCAGUGGCUCGCAGAAGAAAAUUAUCUUGAAGCAUGAAGAAACCAAACAAGAAGAGGACAGUGACACUAGAAUUGAUUUGUCAGCCAAGAAAGCGGACCACAUUAUAAGCUGUAAUCAGGAAUUGGUUUUGAAGCAUGAAGAAAGUAACCAAGAAGAAGACAUGGAUACUGACAGUGAAUUUUCGGAUCAGGAGAAUAUGGAAGCGUUUGACAUCAUGAAACGAAGAGAAGAAAACUUGAGACUCAACCGAGAAUUCUUCCAGCAGCUGGGCAUGGAUGAGGCAAAACUUGGAUUGAUGUCUGCCAAGAAACCCAAAAUUGCUCCUUCAAAAAGAGGCUUAAAAAAAGAGCCAGUUGUGUUGCCAAGGAGGACCAGUCUGCGCCUACAGAGGAAGGAUCCUGAGGGAGGAGAUCUGCCCCCUGAAGCACUGAUUAACAAGAUGGCUGCCUAUGCUGUAGUGGAUGAACAUCCCCGCCCCCCGGCAGGUCCGUUGCUGAUGACAGAGUAUCUUGAAUCCAAAUUUAGCUCCCUAGAUCAGGAACACAGACACCUUGUCAGCGUGAUUUCAAGCUUGAAGCCUGUCACAAUAGAGCCUUCCUUAGCAGAUCUCGACAGUUACAUAGCUGCCAUGAAGAAGACCAGGAUUACGGCAGAACGUGUGGCUAAGGUCGUGCCUAAUAGGAUAUACUCUGUGACCUUUCACCCUUCACCCAAUAGAGUACUGGUUGCUACAGGCGACACAUGGGGGAAACUGGGCAUUCUUGAUGUGUGCAGCGAAGAGAAGUUAGGCUCCGAUGGUGUGUGCUGCUAUUCCCCGCACAGUCGGCCCAUAACAUGUCUGGAGUUCCCACCAUUUGCUCCACACCAUCUCUACAGUUGUGGAUAUGAUGGAACAUUGAGGAGGGGAGAUUUCGAGAGUGGAGUAUUUGACGAGGUGUAUAGUGUACCUGAAGAAGAUGAUGUUCUAUUGCGCAACUUCAGUUUCACCUCCCCUCACACCAUGCUGGUCUCUCAAAACACUGGCAAUGUGGCACUGGUGGACACAAGAUCUAAAUCGACAAAGGCAGAAUCUACCUAUGAUCUAAACAUGCGGGCCUUACGGACUGUGAGUGUUCAUCCGCUGCAAAAAGAGAUUUUCUGUACCGCCGGAGUAGAAGGAACUCUUCGUGUUUGGGACCUGCGCAAAAUGAAGAUGAAGAAAAAUGAGCCAAUAGUAACAUUGCCUCAUGGGAAGUCUAUAAAUAGUGCCUACUUCUCUCCCCUGACUGGAAAGUACAUCCUCUCCACCUCCCUGGAUGACAGACUCACGAUCUUUGACAGCUCUGUGAUAUCGGCAGAAAUUAAACCAAGCAAAAUCAUCAGCCACAACAACCACACAGGACGAUGGCUCACUGGUUUCCGAGCAACAUGGCAUCCCGCUCGCGAAGAUGUGUUUGUCGUUGGCAGCAUGAACAGACCCAGGGAGAUCACGUUGUUCAGUGACAAGGGAAAGAAGCUGCACAGUUUCCUGGAUCCAGAUCACCUUGGCUCCGUGUGCAGCCUGAAUGCCCUUCACACAUCUAGGGCCAUGCUGGUGGGGGCAAACUCAAGUGGACGGCUCCAUGUGUUCAUGUGAUGUGUGUUUGUUGAGCAAAUUGAGUGCACAUCACACAAGGCCUUCGACAGUGUACGCAAACACUUACUGGCGAUUUUAUGUGUUCAUUUGAUAAAUAUGUAUUGCUUUGAAACUGCAGCUAAGACUAAUGUUAUGGCUAACACUUGAAAGCUCUAAAGCCCUGGUGGUGGUUCAAACUCCAGUGGACGGCUGUAUGUGAUCAUGAAGAAACAUGGUCUUAAUUAGUAGUAAACAUUGUAUGUUGCUCUGAUACUGCAGCCCAACUGUGUUCAGUGCACCACAAUUAAACCUAGAUUCUUUAUGUAUUUGAGCCUUGUUUUGAGAAAACUGGGCUUGAUGCCUGUGCGUAAAGUGUCGUCCCAGAUUAGCCUGGGCAGUCCGCACAGGCUAAUCAGGGACGACACUCCGCUUUUAUGGUAUUUUUAGUUGCAAGGAAGUCCCUCCUUACUGAAAAUCAAGUUUAGGCGGAAAGUGUCGUCCCUGAUUAGCCUGUGCGGACUGCAUAGGCUAAUCUGGGACGACACUUUACGCACAUGCAUUAUGCCCAGUUUUCACAGAACAAGACUCAUUUUGUGUAAUCUAUGAUAGAGUGAUCUGAGAUCAAAUGUUUAAUGUACAUAUAUAUUUUUCUUAUUUCUGCUUUCUAAAUAAUCUCUAAAUCAAAUAAACAGCUGUGUAUUGUUCUUUAUCAAUAACAUUUUUUUUAAAUGUUCGCUGUGUAUAUAAAUGUAAAAUAUUUGCAACCAGUUUUAUUUGAUUUUCAGACUGAAAGAAUGUUUCCUUCUGUCCAAAGUAAGCGAAUUAGUCGGACAAAUGUAGCAUUAGUUCAAUAUUUGACAAAAUAUGGCACUUUCUGACAUGUUGUAGGAAAAUAAUUGUUAAAGAUGCAUAUGCAACAAUCCUGCAUUAAUAGCAGAUGAAUAUGAAGUCUGAUAAGACAUUUACCUAAGACAAAGAGUGACAAGAUAUAACGCUCAUACAAAGAGUCUGACGACUCGAACAGAGUUUGCAGAGUCUGCUUGUGUCACAUUUUGUUUUUAAAUUAUUGUUUGUCCCCCAGUCUGUACUAUUGUUUUUGCCCUGUCUGUUGGUUUGUUGAUUUGCGUCAAACUUUUAAAUUGGCCAUAACUUUUGCAACACUGAAGAUGGCAACUUGAUAUAUCUUAUUAUUUGCAAUAAUUUGGCCAGUACAGGCUCUAAUGGCUAAUUAAAUGUGCAGUAAAAUUCCUUAAAAUUUCAUCAAAUAAUGUUGACCAGUUUUACUUAAAGAACUUAGAUGCAUCAGCAAUCAUUUGCAAUUAGAAAUAAUGUCAAAGAAAUUGUUAACCCUGCCAAAUUCGUUUAAAUAAUGUGUAGAUUGUUCAAAAUGUUGAAUGAUGUUUUAUUAAGUCUUCUAGAAAAACUUCAUUUUUACAAACCACUCCUAUUUCAAAUCUUUUUUUUAGGUUUACCACUGUAGCUUUAUAUGAAUAUAUCAUGUCAAUACGGGUAAAAUGUACAUUGUAUAUGUGUAUUCUUGUGUUUUUUUUAAUAAAUACAUUUUUAAA